AUGUUCAUGGCGAAUGUUCGUGCAAUUGUUACAGACGACCCUGUAGCACCCAUACAGGAACUGGAUACACACGCUUUAGACCGAUAUCUUGAAAAAGAGAAAGAAGGCUACGUGGAUUCUCCUAUAAAGGAUAAUGGAAUCGUUUUCCAAACACUUAGUACCAUGCCAAAAUGGAAAUCUGAUUAUCAACAGAAGCAAAAACCUGUGUUUUCGAUAUUCCCGCGAUCAAGACAAUAUGAAUUAUGGUACACUCGUGAAAGACGAUUGAAAUAUCUUGAAAAACAGAAAGCAGCCAUUGUGCCAUGCGGAAAAAGAAUAGAAAAACUCGAGACGGAUGACGAGCCGUGUGAUUUGUUACAACCACCAAUUUGGUGGAAAGAUAAAUCCAGAAAAUCAAGCAAGUUUCCAGUUGGAGAUAUAAACGACUAUGCGUUCGAGAAAUUAAAAGAUUUCGAUCAUGAAAAUAUGGAACUUAGCGAAAAGCUCGAUAUGGAUUAUCCAAAAAAAUAUAUACCAGACGUAAUCCAUCAAAUACAGGUUACUAUUUAUACAGGUUACUAUCUCUACAGACUAUCGUCUAUAGUAAUGUUAUUAUCUAUACAUCCAAGGUCUUCUUUGUUGCAAAUGAAUUUUCAAAUUUUCAAGUUUUCAAAUAUUCAAAUAUUCAAAUCUCUUUUGUGUUUAGCUUUUGAACAGAAUCCAGAAGACACGACUAUGAAGGACACUCUUGAUCGUGCAGAUGCUUUUGAACUCGCUCUAGUAAGAAACGAAACUUUGCCAGCGAGACCUGUUGACAUAAAUGUUUGUUAUUCUGAAAGACCGCCGAUACUGGGUUGUUGUGAAACAGAAAAGGAUGUAGAAGGUGAUAGUGACAGACGAUGGCAACCUGUUCAUGAAACUUUAGAACUUCCAAAAACGGAGUUUGAAAGAGACCAUGUACUACGAGAAUUAACUAGGCCGUUUUUACACAAUUUGCAUACGUGGUACUCAAAGAAUAAACCGACAAAGUUAAUCAUCCCCCUUAGACAUUCUGGAAAGAGACCAAUGCCGGAGUGGCGCUUUUCUCAUUUGUAAAUUGAUUAAAAUUAAUAAAAUUACUUCGAUAAAAGUUCAUUACAAAAUCCGAUCUGUAAAGUUAUUAUACAAAAUGGUCUUAUACGAUAUAAUCUAUGUUAUUCAUAAAUAGAUUAGAAUCAUACACGGGUUAAACUAAAAUGAAGUGUUAUCGAUUGAUAGUAAAUCAACGACGACGUAAUUAUGAAAUGUGUUGCACAGAUGUUUCACAAUUUUUAAUUCUUAGUAGAAAACGUCAAUAGUUAAUUGCAACAAGACAA